CGGAGUGUUAUCCUGUUGGGUCAGCAUUCCGUACGCAGUCGGUGAUGUUUAUGUGGUGCGAUGGUUUACGGAGCAGCUCGUCUAAAGAUGUUAUAUAUUGCAUUUGUUUUGCUACUUUGUGGAAUAAGAACAGAAUGCUUACUGUGCCGUCAAUGCCAAGAUUGUUCUGGAUCCACCAGUCAAAGUAAUGGCACAUGUGAAACAGAUGGUGUGUGUAUCACCGUUGUUACAAACUGGAAAGGCAGUAUUCGUAUCAACCGAGAAUGCAAAGGUCAAGACAAAGAAUUUUUGCAGGGAAGACAUAUGUUCUGUGAGAUCAACCAUCAAAAUCUGCAUAUUUCAAAUAUUAAAUGUUGCUCAGAUCAUGACUUUUGCAAUGACAAAGACCCUCCUACAUUGGCACCACCUCCCUGGACAGGGGUGGAUACAAAAGAAGAGUUUACCAAAUCAGAAACAGGUUUGACAGCAAUCGAGCUGAUGGUGGUGAUUGCAGUACCAGUAAUUCUUAUUUGUGUGGUGCUGAUGACGGUAUACUGCAUAUGCCAGCAGCGUUAUCGACGCAGUCGCCCAUAUGCUCCACCCCCAGAUAUUGAUACAAGUCUGCUGGUUCCUGAAGAGCCAACGUCUCUCCGAGAACUGUACGACUGGUCACAGUCUGGAUCUGGCUCAGGUCUUCCUCUCUUGGUACAAAGAACAAUUGCACGUCAGAUUCGUCUGUGUGAGAUCAUUGGAAAGGGUCGCUAUGGUGAGGUUUGGCGAGGUCAUUGGAGAGGGGAAAAUGUUGCUGUCAAGAUAUUCUCUUCAAGAGAAGAGCGUUCGUGGUUUAGAGAGGCAGAAAUCUAUCAGACUGUCAUGCUACGCCAUGAAAAUAUUUUGGGAUUUAUAGCUGCUGAUAACAAAGAUAAUGGGACUUGGACCCAGCUUUGGCUAAUCACAGAUUAUCAUGAAAAUGGCUCCCUCUUUGAUUUUCUAAACCGGCAGCCAGUCCUACCAUCUACUAUGAUUCGCCUGGCACUAACGGCUGCCUGUGGCAUGGCACACCUGCACAUGGAGAUUCUUGGCGCACAGGGAAAGCCAGCCAUUGCUCAUCGUGACAUUAAGUCCAAGAACAUCCUUGUCAAAAGCAACAAUACCUGUUGUAUUGCUGAUUUAGGUCUGGCUGUUCGACAUGACUCAAAGACAGACAGUGUAGACAUUGCUCCCAACAAUAGAGUGGGCACAAAGCGCUACAUGGCACCAGAGUGCCUGGAUGAAACAAUCAACAUGAGCCAUUUUGAAUCCUUUAAGAGGGCAGAUGUCUACUCUUUUGGCUUGGUCUUGUGGGAAAUAGCACGUCGAUGCUCUGUAGGUGGUAUUCAUGAAGACUAUCAACUACCAUAUUAUGAUAUGGUACCUUCUGAUCCUUCAUUGGAAGACAUGCGCAAAGUGGUAUGUGUGGAUCGACAUCGGCCUGCCAUUCCCAAUCGCUGGCAAGCAGUUGAGUCUUUGCGAGUGAUGGCUCGCCUGAUGAAGGAGUGCUGGUAUCAUAAUGCUGCCGCCCGUCUGACUGCUCUGCGAAUCCGCAAGACAUUGGCUAGUCUGGCAUCACAGGAAGACCUGAAAGUGUAGAGAAUCAAGGCAUAAAGAAAGAUGAUGCAAGUUUCUGUUUGCAUAGUGUGUUGUGAGAUAAAUCUGUGCAGGUGCCUGUUGUGGAGCAAGUAUGUGGGACAGUAAGCACUAUAUGUGUUAGUGCCUAUCCGUACCAGGAAUCAUUCAUGGAAUGUUCGUCUAAAUAUAAUAGAAAUGCAAAGUGAGCACAGGCUUGGAACCACAGGAAUCACAAGGAUCAGGUGAAGAUAACAAAUUCUCAGUGUAGUGGAGAAUGUGGUGGCCCUUUUAUUAUGAUGUUUUCCUGUUCUUUCAAAACGUUUGUUUGGGACUUGUGACAGCUGUCAUUUUCCUUACCAGAUACAAAUCUGUUCUCUUGGGCCUCUCUAGAACCUUGUUAAUUUGAGAUAGUGUAGGGCAUUUUAAAUCUGAGAGAAGUUUUGUGGGGCUGGUUGUUUAUAUAUGGACUUAUGGAAGAAAAUAAUUGGCUAUGACAGUUACAAAUUGUUGCACAUACUAAUGAUUAAGAAUGUCAUAAUAUUGGAAUCGUUGCCUCUCUGUUGAUGUUCAGAGAGAAGAGGUGCAGUCAUUGUGCUUCCAUGGAGUAGAGCUCUAAUGCUUUAUAUCAUAUAACAUGUUCAGAAAAAUAACUUUUAGAAGACAAGCUUAUAUGCUGUCACAAAACCAUAUUAAAUAAUGAGUACUAUAUGAUCUGUUUAUGCCAAUAUUAUGCGCGUCCCCAUUUUGGUUUUUGAUUGGCUUGUGUUUGUUUUUUUUUUAACCCCCCUCAUUUUUCUUGCUUGCUUUUUCCAGACCUGUUUUUCUGCUGUGUGAAUUAUGUGUUCACAUGGAAGCACAUAUAAAACACCUAGGAUGGGUGGAUAGGCAAAUGAGACGAGUGCGAAUAAAAUAUUAGAUUUGUAGAAAGUAGCCCUACAUGUGCAAAGUUAGACAUGCUUAAAGCUUGUCAUAAAACUUAUUUUAUCAGGUUUGUUUUCUGAUUUCAUCACAACUUGUUAGAUGUUUACAUUGGAGGCCAGUAAUUGGAGUUUUAACGUUUUGGAUGCCUUUUGAGAAUACAUUAAGAUAUGAUUUUAUUUAUCCCAGAGGGCAUUUAGUUGUAUAUUAUGGAUGUACCUAAGUACCAUGGAUAGAUAAGAAGGUUGCUAGGGUAUGAUUUCUUUUUUAAUGGGGGAGGGGGGCUCCUAAAACAUUUACAGAGACAUAUAGAUAGAUUCACAAUAUGCGUCAUCUAUUUCAGCAGAUGUAUGGCUAAUUUGCCUAAAUAUCUCCAAAGUGAAAAGAGAUUGACCUUAUACUCAUAAUAAGAUUACAGUUUGCUACAGGCACACAAUUUUGGUGAAAACAGCCCUGAUUCAUUUGAUCAAAAUUGUCUUCAGUUUAGGGGUUGACUGAAUCCCCAUGAAAGAAAGCUAUUUUAUAUUUCACAGUGUAAAUACCGAUUGUAAAAAUCUUGUACAGGCUAUAUGAAUCAGUAUCAUAUCAGUGAGCAUGCAUGAAACAAAAGACUAAAUAAUGAUUUGACAUUAUGGAUGAACAAAUAUUUUGGAAGCAUGCAUGAUGGAAUUGAGCAGAUGGUGGUGAAAGUGCAAUCAUGCUCUUUUGUCAGUAUAUUUCUUCAGUAAACCAUUAAUUUUUAUAUUUUAACUUGAAAAUGGCAUUGUAGUUGCAGCAGAUCCCUAGAAUUGUGAACGAAAUGCUGUGUUGUGUGAGUUUUCUCAUCAUCUUCUGUUGUUGUUUUGUUUUUUUGUUUGGUUUUUUUUUUUUUUUUUUUUACUUUCUUGAGAGGAGCUCACAUCCUGACACAUGUUUGAGUCGUAAGAAAUGUGUUGGAUGUGAUCACUUAAAUAUUUACAAGUAAUCUUUAAACUUUGAUUGGACAUUUGCAAAUGUUUACUUUUAAAUACAGGAAUGCAGAUGAAUAGAUUAUUAUGUUUGUAAGAUAAAAAAUGUACUUUUUAAUCUCUAGCAGAUUUUUUUUCAAUCUUGGGAAUUUCAUUUUAAACAAUUGAUUAAUUAGUUAUCCAUAAUUUUAUAAAGCACUUUGUAUGUGGUUGCCAUUGUACCAGUUUUUACCAGUAAAUUUCUGCUUGUGAUGGUAGUGUAGGAUUUGAACAUUAUACCAUAUUUGAACAAUCUUAAAAUUUCUACAUUGUGUCUGUAGAAGUUAAGGGGGAGGGGCAAGCUGUAUGAGUGUAUAUGUGGGAGAAAUAAUAAUAAGUUAGAACAAUUAGAUUUUCAUGACAUUUCAUUAGGUUAGACUUGUUGGAAAAGUGGUCUGUAAGAAAUCAAACAUGGGUGGAUGAUGUUUGAUAUCGUAGGAUCAGUAUUUUAAAUUACUUUGUUUUUCCCCUUCAUGUUUGCUAAUAGAAUUGUUUCAGAAAUAAGAUCUUUUGUGUCAUCAUCAGUACUUCAUUUAAUUACAGUUUUUGAGAUUUUAGGUUUUUUUAAUGAGAGUAGAUCUAGUAGUGCUGUGGAUUCAGCAGUUUGUUAGGUUUGUCAGUUCAGUUUUUUUUUUUUUUUUUUGGGGGGGGGGUAGGCCAGGGAAAUGGUUUGUUUUGUUGAUCUUUUUCAAUUGAAAGUGAAUUAAGUCCCAAUUUUGUUACUAAAGAGUGCUUGUUUUUGGUCACUGUCUCCAGUUAAAUUGGGUGGCAUGAGUGCAGUUGAAAUGGUGGUCCUGCAUGGUUCAAGAACUGACAGCACAACAUAAGUUCUAACAUGCCAGUCCCUAUAAAUUUUGUUUUAAAGCUAUGGUUAGAUAGUUUGCUAGUUAAUGGAGAGUCCUAAACCCAUGUUUUGAGACUUUAAGAGGGAGCUUAAUAUCAGGAUUCUUGCACUUUUUAUUUUUUUGCACGAACACAUUGGCACUGAAAAUAAAAAGACAAGCAGCCUAAUGUGGGCUAUAAGAAACACAUAAUGCAUGGUUUAUUUAAUAUCCACACAAUAAAGUAAACAGGAAUUCAUGUUGAGGCUUCAGAUAGCUUUCAGGCCAAUUAAGCUGACAGCUUGUAUCCUGCAUACUGCAGUGUGAAGACCUAUCAUAACAAUGUAACCCCUAUGUAGGUGACACAUUACAGAGACUAUUGGUCUUUAAGAUGGUGAUUGCUUCAGCAUGAGUGCUACGUCUGGAACCAGGUGCACAGUUGUUUAGAUGCUAACAGCUAUCAGCCAACUAACCUGAUAUUUGAUAAGCAUUUUAGCUAACUACUAGGUAUUAGCACCCAGCCCAGAUCUUAAUUGUCUAUGAUUUAACAAUCUUAAAGUGGAUUUAGAACUGAAGAAAAUGGCAUGACUGUAAGAUUAUCACACUGUUGUCACUGCUGUUUAUUUGGUAUAUUUCUUCCCUGGUAAAGCUACACCAAACUCUGGGAAGGCAGUAAGAAAGGAUGAUCAUUUCCUGUCAAUAAUCCAUCAGACAGCUCCAUACUUUUGGCUCCUCUCUCAAAAAGGCACUGGAGAGAGGUUGGCAUGAGUCAUGUCAUCUGGCCAAUGCUAUAAAGUUUUAACUUCUUGUUUAGUUUGGGAAAAACUGCCUUCGGAAUGUGAUUUGUUUUCCAUUUUACUGCUGCUAUACCUUCCUUGGGCAACAUGAUAUGAGAAAAAUUUGACCUCGAGAAAACUGAUAUGAAGAUCAGUUGAUAUAGGUAUGAAAACCUUGCACAAAAAUUGCCAUUUUUUUGCCAAGCAGAAUCAAGAUAAUAUUGGAUGCGGGAUGAGCUGUUUUAAAUUUCUCCUUGUGCCAUCUAGGCUUCUUUGUUAUCCUCAGGUAGAGAGUAUUCUUUGUUAACAUGUGGGUACCCGUUUCUGUAUAUUUUUUUCAGUUAGUGGGAUUUUUGUUUAUUGUUUGUGCCACUUGAAGAUGGCAUUGAGCACUUUGAAUGUUUGCAGUGCCUGGUUUGAAAAUAUGCUGAGGCAUUAGGCUCAUUAUGCAGAUGGGGUAAACUAAAUUGGUAUCUUUUUCAUUAGCUUAUGGGUUUUGAGGGUGGAGGUGUAGACACACAAGGGGCAGCAUACUCUACCUCUCUCAAAUUUGGAAUCAAUUUACCUCAAUGCAAUGUGUAUGUCUGAUUUGCAAGGCCUUAAAAAAUGUCUCACAUGGCCUUCCAUGUUCCUUUUAUGUUUCAUUGAGUCAGUCAAAUGUUUUGAUGCUGCCUUCGAGCAUCCCAUGGGAAUAGGCUGGUAUAGACAUUACCAUACAUCAUGUGAGGAUUAUUUUGAAGUCAAUUUAAACAUAGUCUUGGCAGCAGCUGGCUGAGGUUUUUUUUCAAGAUUCAGUAAUUUCUGUAUGUCUCAUGUUAAGCCAUCAGAAGUUCACAGAACUUUUGUAUUAAGUGCCAGGCGUUUACAAAAACACUUGUUAGUACGCGCAAUUAUCUUCUGUUAAACCAGCUGUAUGCCCUUCUCAGGCUACCCUGUAUAAACUUUGUUUUAUUUGUUUAAAAAUCUAAGAGCUUAUAGUGCCUAACGAGGAAAGCUCUUCAAAUUUUGUCUUUUAACACUUGCAUUUUCUUUUGUUUUCUGUUCUUCAGUUUUGUCCCUCUGUCUGUCUGUGUGUGUGUUUGUGAAUGUGCAUAUCUGGAUGUAUCCCGCAUGUUGGCAAGAGCACUGGAAUGAUGGAUUUUGUCUCCCAGCUUUUAUAUCUCCUAAAGUACAGUAUAGGUAAAACCUCUAUCUCACAGUUUUGUAUGGUCUUGUUUACCAUAUCAGAUGCUAACAGAAUACAGAAAAUGAUGACGACAAAUGCAUUGGUGUGUUAUUGGCUCUGUCACUGUUCAUCUGAGAAUCCCUCUUUCUGUAUGUCAACACAAACCCCACGCCUUCACCAUUCACAGACUCAACUUAGCUCAGCAUAUGUCUGCAUUUAAUGUGUCUUCUUGAAGGAUUUCUCACAUGUGAAUGUUGCCCCUUUUCCACACGGGUGCAGCAGGCGCUGCCAUACAUCUUACGUGUCUCUUCACUGACUGCUAAUAUCUUGCCACUUCUACCUCACACUAACAGAUUUACCACACCCUCUUGUAAAAUUGCCUGCUGCAUGUAAACCUUCAAGGAAUGGAGGAUGGAGGGGGGAAAUGAGUGACAUCAGCAGUAGUGUUUUACUUGUAUGGUUUGUAUGAUGUGGUUGAGAUUGCUGACAAUAUUUACAGCAAAGUACUUUGUCAUGAUAUGAAAUAGUUUUUUUUCCUCCAGACACCAAGGAAAUUUCUGUUAUUAUUUUGAGUGGCCUUUUAUGGAGGGAUUAAGGACGAGGGGAGAGGGAAUGUCUCCAGAUCCUAUGAUCAGGCCAUAGUUACUAUCAUUUCUGCAUGCAUAAGGCAGUAACUGUGCAGGGUGCAUUAUGUCUUUCUGAGUCAGCCUGUUUUCCACAGUUUCUUAUGUUGUAAACUUUUGAUUCAAAUUGCUAGAACAUAUUUCUUCUGCACUUCUGUGGAAAAUAAGCAUAUCUGUUACUAAGUGUAGUUUAUAUUUAGCUACCUGGUCAUAUCAUUGAAGGUGAUCAGCAGUGAAAAACUGAACUUUAGUUUUGAGAAGUUAUAUUGGUUUUAGCCCUUUUUUUAAUCUAGACGUCAGUAAUAACUACAUAUUUGGGGGACAAAGAAGCAGUGCACUCUGCACGUUUUUUUUUUCCAGGUAUUUUUGGCUAGAUGUAUGGAGAGUAAUAGAAGAGUUUUUCUAGCGAUUUUGGGAGUUUCUUGCUGAACCCUGAUCAGAAGACCAGUAUUAAAAUCUGUUUACUGUUUCAUAAAUUUGUAAGCUGAUACAGCUAGAAAGUACAAGUUGUUUAUGACAAUUCUUAGGCAGCUUAUUUGUAGGGCUAGAAGAGGCUAUAGUCAUUACCCUUUACACAUCCAGAAAGUGAAGCCAUCUUAAAGCAUAUUAUUUUGACUAUAUCAGCAUUAUUCAGGAUGCUUCUCCGUUAUACAUGUUUGUGUUUGUAUAGACAUAUACACAUAGUAAGAUAGUCACACAUCUUUAAUUAACUUGUGUGGCAGCUUGGCAGGGUGGAUGUUCUGUUGAAGUAUCAUGCUACAUGUAACUGUGAACUUUAGGAGAUAGGCUCUCCAACCUUGUUGUUUGGCUUGUUUUUACUGUUAUAUGCAUUAGUCAUCACUAUCAAGGUUCACAGACUCUUGGCAUUUAUGUUUUAGAGAUGUUUGUCAAAGAAUUUUUGGAUGUCCUUCUAUUCUUUGACACUUUAGAGAUAAGAACUUUGGUCUGCUGCAUUUUUAUUUUUUUUUAAUUUUGUGAGUUUCCAUUGAUUUCAAAGUCAAGGUUGAUGCACUCUACGAUGAUUAGCUGGUUUCCACAUUUAUUGGUGUAUUAUGACCCCAGCCAUUGCUUUUGUGCAUUGGGCUUUUGUGGUGUUUUGCCUACAUGCCAUGCACUUAACAUGUUAGAGAAAUGUUUACAUGAUGUAUAGCUUUAAAUAGUUUGUACUUGUCUCUUCACUAGCGAGGUGCUUCUUUGCAGUUGACUAUUGACUAUAGGCAAACAUUCAAGUCUUGUAGAUGUGGGUAGGGUAAGACUGUUGUAUCACAUAUCAUUGAAGGAAUGCAGAUCAGCAGACUGGCUCCUUUGUUCUCUGUUUCCUGAUGAAAGUGUUUUCUUACGUUGUAUGGAUGACUUGAACAAGUAGUUACACAUAGAGCAUAAUAUUUAGCGUGCUUCAGACUUACCCCAGAACAUUGCAAGGUCCGAUCUCUUUCUGCAUUGAACGAAAUUGUUUAAAUCAUAGCAUAGUGUACAUCUUUCUCGAGUGUUCAGCAGCGAGUGUGCUAGCUGCAUGUGUAUGGAUGCAAGUUUUGUAAUUCGUUACAAAAGAGGAAGUGACCCAUACAGAAGUCAUCAGUAGAAGGGGAACAGCAGAAGGACAUUUUUUAAUUCCUCAACUUUGUUUUGUUGGUUUUUUUUUUUUUGUUGUUUUUUUGUUCGUAUUUUUUUUUUUCUUUUGCAAACAGAAUUAGUGAUUAUUUUCUUGUUUCCCGCGUCCUUGCUUUGUGGGGGGAAAAUGGAAGUGAAUCUUUUAGAAAAAUAGAAAUUUUUUAUUUAAAUCUGCAAUUUUGUCAUUUAUUUUCUUGUAUUUUGUCCUUGAAGCCAAAUGCACUUGGUAUCCCAUGAGAGUGACUAGAUUUGAAUGCGUGUAUGUCGCGUGUACAGAAAACUGGUUUUGGUGCACGAGCACUGUUGGCAUUGAACCGGUGAGUGCAAACGGAAGUGGAGGAGACUUAAAUGUGACUAGGUCAUGUAAGGUUGUUGUUCUUCUAGUCGGCACAUAAUUUGGUUGUGUAUUUUGACAGAUAAACUGUUGUGCACAUUCAGGAGGAAGAAUUAAAGAUGGGGAAGGGGAUCAUCGAUAGCAACAUUUUCCCUACGAAACGUGUGUAGUGACUGCAGAAAGUCGGACCGCGCACGUGACGGCUUGUUUCUUGAGUAGUCUUGGUUCUGUGUGUGCGUGUUCGCGCGUCCGAAUGUCCCGCAUGCCACCUUUUUCUUUCGGGUUUAGACAUCACGCACUGUUCACAAGCUUGUGUAGAAAAGUCAUGAAUGUAUGAACAUGUAUUUAUAAACCUAUAUUAGAACGAAUGUUGCAGUGAUUGAAACGAAGUGACUUUGCUUCCUGAAACCCGUAAGAGGAAAAAGAUGUCAAGAAACAUAUUUGGGUUGAGUAGAAUUGCGUUAUUCAUGUGUUUGGGGGUGUACAUGGUUGUAAAUAGUUCGGACGCUACAGUCUUUGCUGUUGUUUAACAUAAUGUACAUAAAGGAGGUUGCAUUUGUCGUCGCUGUUGUUGUGAUGUCACCACCUUAAUAGUACUAGUGCAAAGCAUAGAAUGCGAUUAGGCGAACUCUUCUGGCUACCCUUUCAUAAAGAGCUACACUGCAGCCUCCUGACCUCCUAGACCUGGUGGUACUAAAGCCGGAGACAGUGAGGGCUUUGCUAGAACUAUUUACAGAUCCCUGUUAAUCACCUUUGUCUUCCUAGUCGGAGACAGCCGUGUGUUGGAACCCUUUCUGUCGCCCCGAAUUUGCCGAAUGGCCAUGUGCGGUGAGCGGUGUUCAGCACCAGCGCGUGCAGUUUUCACUGGAUGAGGGUCAAUGGAGGUUGGAGGCUGCGUGGUAUUAUUAUUUUUUUUUUUGCUGCAUUCAAGUUGUUUGUUCAUGACUGUGAGUGACAUUCGACAUAGUCUUUUAAAAAGGAGCAUUAAAUGUGAUUUUUAACUCUU